GACGCGUAAAAGAGAUAGACGGAGAGAGCGAGAGACAGAGGACGGGCGCGCCAACUUCGCUUAGGCGGAAGUGGCGCUUGCGGGCGGAGCUGGCUGAAAACAGCAAAUCAGCGGCGUCCCGUGACUGGGCAAUCCCACCUCCGAACGAAGCAUCAACACUUUUUUCCCCUCCUUCACCAUCUCGCCUUGCGCUUGUCCUGCUUCCUUUGUCUAGCCUCUUUCUCUAUCCCCUUAUUUUCUUAAGGCUGCUGGGAUCUCCAUCUCCCCCCAUUCUGCUACCUUCCUCCACUUUCUACUUCCCCUUCUCUUCCUUUCUCUUCACCUAAUCUACCCGGUGGUGGUGCGCUUUGUUUUCACCCCUCUUGUGUCCCAAGCAACCAUGGCCGAGCGCUACAUCCCAGAGCAUCGUCGCACCCAGUUCAAGGCCCGGAACCAGUUCCGGCCUGAUGAACUCCGUCGUCGUCGUGAGGAACAACAGGUUGAAAUCAGAAAGCAAAAGAGAGAAGAGAACUUGGCCAAGAGGAGAGGCAUCCAGACCCGCGAUGGUGGCAUUGGUGUGGGCGGCGGCGUAGCGGCUGCCGAGAGUGACGAUGAGGCCAGCGCUAUCGAGAGUGAGGUAUGCUGUCCUUGCUCCCAUUUGUUCAUUUUGCAUCUUUCGAUUUCUUUCUGCUCUCCACCCGGGCGUUGGAUCUUCCAUGCCCGUUUUCGAUCUUGUUUUGCUCGUCCAGAUGCGUCUCGGCGAGCUUUUCACCGCUUUGCCGCCGGGGGCGAGCCCUCAUCCGGCUCUGACUGGGCGGGCACACGAUCAUCAUCCGAGUCCAUCAUGCUCAGCCAAGAUGCUUUCAUUCCCGUGCAGUAUAGCUAAUGGGUUAUCUUCUAGCUUAACGUGGAGCUCCCCGAGAUGGUGAAGGGCGUCUUCUCCGACCAGAUCGACCAGCAGAUUCAGGCCACCACCAAGUUCCGCA